CAGGCAGGGGUGCCAGGUUUGCAAAUUUACCACAGAGAUACAUUAAGCUCGUUUAUUAUCUAUAACGUUAAUCUAUGAAAGCCUCUAACUCUAGUUAAAUGACAUACUUUGGAGAGCAAUGCAUUUUAUCAUCUUUGUUUGAAUCGUUUCAACAUGUGAGACACUGAAACGAAGUAAGUUAAUAUUUUAGAUGAAGUUAACGUUAACUUAUAGUAUAAAGACGUUGCCUCGCAAAAUGAGGCAAUGUAAACAUUAUAAUUCGGAUGGUGAAAACAACGCAUCAAAAUAACACCGUUUUGUCUUUCUUUUGCGAUGUUUGCUGAGGGAUAAAAGGUAGGAAGUUCAGAUGACGUUACGAACCCGCAGGAGACAUAACUGGCAACUACACAAAAAUGUCGAUACCGCUAGCUGGAGAGCUGACGGUAUGCUCUGUUAGUUAGCUAGCGGUGUUAACAAACAACCGUCUUCAGCCGCUAAAUUAUCAUUCCUAAGACUAAUAACGGAGAAGCCGGGUAGUUAAAUCAGCAGAUACGGACUUUAUAUUUUACGAUGACCAACGGAAUUGCUGUCCUAACGUUACGUUGUAGUUGACAACUGGCUUCAAUUUAUGGAUUAAUGCCGGGUCAACAUUAGCUUGUGUUCUGCUGUGGCUAAGGGAGCUAACUAUCGCCCAUACGCUAGCGUGAGUAACGUCGGUUCGCAGGAGAGCUUUCUGACUCGGAGGAAGGAAGGGAGGAAAUUGAUAAGUAGCAGGAACACUGCGCACCGCUGCUUAUGCAAAGCUAGCACACGUUUUGGACUCCAGAGUUCACACACUGUGACGCAUUUAGAUAAAGUUACUAUCUGUCAACCCAGUGUGACAUUUAACACUAUUUAGUUAACGUUAAUAAGAUGUGCUGUUAGUUGGCGUAGCUAUCUGUCAACAAACACCGUCCUCUUGGCUAGCUGUACGGCGGACGAGAGCUACUACGCUAGCCACAAACUUUUAAAGAAGUUCUGUAAGUCACGUUCACCUAUCUGACUGGCUAAGUAAACCGGUGUUUUCAACGUUUCACCGUCGGACUCUUCAACACCGAGCCGCUCUAGGACCAGGAGAAACUUAACGUUAUGGCAUCGGAUGUGAUUGGGAGUGAAGCAGUGCUGAAGGGUGUAAGCGAUAUGAAUCUGAACAAUAGCAGCCAAGAUUUUGUCACACCCAGGAGGACGCUUGACGAGCUGGGGAACAGACAGACUUCUACUCCUUCGUCUUCUGGGGUGUCGGGAGAAGGUGAAGAGGAGGAAUUGGACGAAUUACAAAGUAGCACAGCUUCCACAGUUGAAAAUGGCGAAGAGGCAUCCCAAGAGAGUCUAACCAAAACAAGAGGUAACGUUACGCCACAAGAAAGGCCAACUCCAGGCGACGAGCAGAAACAGCCGGGAGCAAAAAGUUCUACCCCAGUGAGCCUUCCCCAGCCACGCUCACCCCCUGGACCUAUUGGAAGCCUGGAGCGCCAAGAGUCAGUCGCCACAACAGAAGCCCGACUAAGAAUGGAAGGAGUUGAACUGAAGGAAGAGUGGCAGGAUGAGGACUUUCCACGGCCCCUACCAGAGGAAGAGGAGCUUGAAGAUGAGCUUUUUGCAGAACCAUCUGAAGAGGGAGACCCUGGUUAUGAAAUGAACCAUGGCAAGAAGGCAAAGAAGAAGCUUGCAGCUCCGGACAUCAGCCUUACACUCGACCGCAGUGAAGGUUCUCUCCUCUCUGAUGAGCUGGAUGAGAGUACAGAGUUGGACCUUGAUGAUAUAGACACACCUUCAGACAACAGCAAUGAGUUUGAAUGGGAAGACGACCUACCCAAGCCGAAAACCACAGAGCUACUACAGAAGGGUGUGGAGUCAGUUCAGGAGUACUCUGCCUCGGAGGAGAGGGAGGAAGGGCGACGCUGGAGGGCGUUUCGGUUCGGAGACCAGGAACACAGAGUGGACAUGAAGGCCAUCGAACCUUACAAGAGAGUUAUCAGCCAUGGAGGUUACUAUGGAGACGGUUUAAAUGCCAUCAUUGUGUUUGCUGUGUGCUUUAUGCCUGAGAGCAAUCAACCAAAUUACAGAUACAUCAUGGACAAUUUAUUCAAGUACGUCAUCGGCACACUGGAGCUUUUGGUUGCUGAGAACUAUAUGAUUGUGUAUUUGAAUGGUGCGACCUCUCGGAAAAAGAUGCCAACUGUUGGCUGGCUCAGAAAGUGUUAUCAGCAGAUUGAUAGGAGGUUAAGGAAGAACUUGAAAUCUUUGAUAAUUGUCCAUCCCUCUUGGUUUAUUCGCACCUUGCUGGCUCUCACAAAACCUUUCAUAAGCUCCAAAUUUAGUCAGAAAAUAAAGUACGUGUACAGCUUGAUAGACCUGGCAGAAUUGGUUCCAAUGGAGUAUGUGUCCAUACCAGAUUGUAUCAAACAGUUUGACGACGAAAAAAAUAGGAAAAGCCGUAAAAGAAAUGCACCAAUACACCUCAACCUGUCCCGCGUGUUUGUAGUUUGAUGAUUUGCUGUUUUCUUCUGGCCAAAAUCGACAACUUUCCUCCCCAAUGUCCCACUUUUUCCUCUCAGUAGAUUUAGUUCCUAAAGAGCAGGCUGAGAAGCUGUUUGUUUGGUUUCCAAAAAUAGGUGGCCUGGUGCUUGUUUAACCAACUAUAUCUCAUUUCUGAGCCAAUUCUGUUCAGUUAAUCUCAAAGCUAAUUCAUGUGAGUUGUGUUCUUUAUUUAUUGCCUCAAAAUAAUUACAGCUAUCUGUAUGUGGUUUUAAACAUGCCAUGUACGUUUGUAGCCUUAAGAUUCUUAUCCUUUUUUUGUUUUUUGACAAAAUACUGUCUUCAUUGUGAUGCUGAAAAGAAUUGAUUUAUUUCAAGAACAUGUUAGAAUAGAUUUGGCGUAGCUGAUUGCAUUGCUGCUUUCUGAUAUUAAAGUUGGGGCAUCAAGUAGCA